AUGUCCGAUGCGAGUAAUGCUGACGGAGGACGGCCCGAAAGACCGUGGGCAAGUCCGAAACAGGUUUGUGCUUUUUUGGGAGUGGGAAAUGGAAGAAAAUCGAUAUUUAAAUGAUUCUGAAGAAAAAAAAUGAUGGAAAAAGUAUUUUUUGUGAGAAAUUUUGAUUUGAAAAUGGAAAAUCUUCAUUUUCCGUGAAAUUCCGUCUUCACAAAGUUCAAUUUUCAUUUGCUAACGCUGAAAAUUCGAAGAAAACAUGAUUUUUAUCGAAGCGAAGCCUAUUUGCGAAAAUUUUCAUGGGGAAACGCCAAAAAAUCAUAAAUUUCAAUCAAAAAACCAAGAAACUGAUGAUUUCUUGCUAAAAAUGCAUGAAAAUGAUCGUAUUAGCUCAAAAUCUAUGAUUUUCAGCUAAAAAUACCUGAAAACCAUCUAAAAAUCUGAAUUUUAUCCAAAAUUAAUUGCAGGAGCCAACAAAAGGAGUAGUGCAACCUCGAAUAAUUCCACCAUUUGGUAAACCAACUCGUCAUACAAAUAUUCUUGAUUAUAUUCUUCACACAACUUUAAAAGAAGCUGGAAGACACAAACAUGUUUGGCCAUUCCUAAAACCUGUAGAUGCUGUAACUCUCGGAAUUCCUCACUAUCAUGACAAAAUUCCCAGAGCAAUGGACUUGAAAACCAUCGAAAGUCGCAUCAAAAACACCUAUUAUACAACAGCAUCAGAAUGUGUUGAGGAUAUCGAAACCGUCUUUCAAAAUUGCUACACUUUCAAUGGUCCCGAAGAUGACGUCACAAUUAUGGCACAAAAUGUGCACGCAGUUGUCAAAAAAUCGCUGGAAAGUGCGCCGAAUGAGGAAAAAGAGCAGGAAAUUAGUUGGGGAAAGAAAAAGAAGGGUGGAAAAGAAAGAAUGGGAGCGGGAAGUGAGAAACGCGAGAGGAAAGAGGGAUCGAUGGCAAGAAUGACGAGUGAAGCACCGUCGGAAUGUGGAAGUGAAGCGAGUAGUGUUAUGGCUGGAGGAAAUGUGGCAGCGGCUGCUGGGGAAAAGGUGAGGAUUUGAACUGGGAUUUGGGAAAAUUAAUAGAUUUUGAGCUGAAAAUCACUGAAAAUGAUGAAUUUCGAGCUAAAAUUUGUGAAAACUAAUAGAUUUUGAGCUGGAAAUCAGGAAAUUUGACAAUUUCACAGAAAAUGAUGAAUUGUGAGCUAAAAUUUGUGAAAAUUAAUAGAUUUUGAGCUGGAAAUCGAUGAAAAUUGGCGGAUUUCAAGCUAAAAAUCACAAAACUCGUGAAAAACGGCUUUUGAACGUCGGUUAUUGAAAAUUGCCUGAAAAUUAUGAUUCCAGAUCUGAAAAUUGAGAAAAAUUAUGAAUUUUGACUGAAAAUUAGUGAAAAUGACAGAUUUUGAGCUAGAAAUCAUGAAAUUUGACAAUUUCAUAGAAAAGGAUGAAUUUCAAGCUAAAAUUUGUGAAAAUUGAUUGAUUUUAAGUUAAAAAUCACAAAACUCGUAGAAAACGGCUUUUGGGUAUUGAAUAUAGCCUGAAAAUGAUGAUUCCAGAUCUGAAAAUUGAGAAAAUCAAUGAAUUUUGACUGAAAAUUAGUGAACAUGACGGAUUUUGAGCUAGAAAUCAUGAAAAACCACAAUUUCUAGGUCUAGAACUUGAAAUUUUGCCUUAAAGGAAUCUGCGUUUCUCACAAGGACUAUAGUCUAGUUUACAUUUUUCUGGAAAAUCUUUAUUUCUAGUCUGAAAAUCGUCACAAAAAAAAUUCACAAAAAUAAUUUUUCACGUGAAAAACGUGACCUCGCCAAAAACCACGUGUAUUUCCAAAUUUCCAAAUUUUUUCAUUUUUUUUUGCAGUCAUCAACAAAUCCGUCAAAAAUGGCUGUGAAAACGAUGAAAAGUGGAGCGAAAAGAAAAGCGGAUUCAGAUGAUGAAGAGGUGAGUUUUUUUUUUAAAUAAUUUUUUUGGAAAGCGAACUUUAGGCCGAAAAUCUGAUUUUUAUGACGGGUUGAAAAUUUGCUGAAAUUUGGGACUGAAAAUCCAGAUUUUUUUCAGGCGAAGUUUAGAAAUUUCGAGCCAAAAUGGUAAAAUGUAGCUUCGAAACGUCUGAAAUUCCAGAAAAAUCUGAAAAUCCCCCAAAUUUUCUCAUUUUUUUCCAGAAACCCGAACCAGUUCGAGCACACAAAAGAGAGGCUUCGUCAACAACCAAAAAAGCACAACUAGUUCCGGUAACUGGCCGUCUGAAAUUCUGCCAAAAAUUGUUGACCGAUUUCUAUUCGAAAAAAUAUUUUGUGAGUUUUUUUUCUUCAAAAAAUGCUCUCAAUUUUGAGCCAAAAAUCAAUAAUUUCAGGACAUUUCUUGGCCUUUUCACAGUCCGGUAAAUGCGACCGAAUUGGGCCUCCAUGAUUAUCAUAAAAUCAUCAAAGAGCCCAUGGAUAUGAGUACGAUCAAGAAGAAAUUGGAGCAUGGUGAAUAUACGGAGCCAAGUGAAUUUGCCAAGGAUUUUAAAUUGGUAAGGGGAAUUUUUAAGCUAAAAAUGGUGAAAAAUGGUGAAAAAUGAGCAAUUUUAAGCUCAAAUUUGUCUGAAAAUCAUGAAAAAUCCAAUAUUUUCCAGAUGCUUGACAAUUGUAUGCUGUAUAAUCCAGUCGGAGAUCCGAUUCAUAAUUUGGGAAAACAAUUUAUGGAGAUUUUUGAGAAGAGGGUGAGUUUUGCAGCUACAGUACUCCUUGAAUUUUUAGCGCGCAAUUGAAAAUUUGAAAUUUUAAUUUUGAUGCGAAAAUGUAGCUACAGUACUCCUAUGUUUUUGGCGCGAAAUUGAAAAUUUGAAAAUUUAAUUUUGAUGAGAAAAUUCAGCUACAGUAGUCCUAUGUUUUUGGCGCGAAAUUCAAAAUUUGAAAAUUUAAUUUUGAUGCGGAAAUUCAGCUACAGUACUCCUUGAAUUUUUAGCGCGAAAUUCAAAAUUUGAAAAGUAAAAAAAAAUUUCCAGUGGAAAGAUCUACCCACCGAAAAAGGACCAUCAACCUCUUCAAACAGCACCGCCUCUCACCAAUCCACCACAAUUCCCAUCACACCAUCCAUCACACCAACAUCAGCCACCAAACACACCAAAACUAGUUUGGCACCAACCGCAAUUGUCAAACAAGAAGUUGGCAGCGCAACUCCGCCAAAUUUGACACCAGAAGGCUCGAAAUCUCGAACUGAAGAUGGAAUGCGAUUGGAAAACGCGUUGGCUAUGGUGAGUUAGGGUGAUUUUGUUUUUUUUUUGCGCAUGCGGGGAGGGAAGAGGGUGAAAUUAUCGAAAAUCUCUGGAAAAAUUCAAAUUUUUACCUUUUCCCGCCCCUUUGUUCGGUAGAGCGCGCUUUCUCAUGACAAAAAAUCCAACAAAAAAAAUUUGUGUUUUUCUAUGUUUCACCUCUCUUCUCUCUCUCUCUCUUGUUUUUCUACACUAUCUCGUUGUUUUUUUUCGUAUGUGUCCCUUUAAAAUUUGCAUAUCUCUCUCUCUCUCUCUUGUGUACCUUUAAAUCUCAUCUCUCUACAGUACCCCCCUAUGUAAUUUUUUUGUUUUGUUGGAAUAAAUUCAUUUUUUUUUUUGGUUUUUUGUCAUGAGAAGGAUAAGCGCGGGAAAUUUUUGAAUUUGAAUUUUUCAGGAAAAUUUCAAAUUUGUUGAAUUUGGAGCGAAACUUGAGAUUAUCAAAAAUUCCCUAAAUUUGAAGUUCUAGACUAAAAAUUUCAUGAAAAUCUCGAAUUUUCAGCCAAAAACACUCCAAUUUCAUUCCAGAUUCGCGAACGUGAAGAUAGCCUAAAAACGAACUUACGACAAGUCGAAGAACUCAAAUCAAAAGUGAUGAGAUAUCGAAAUAGUUCUCGAGGUGAAAAAAUUCCGGAAUCACUUUAUACACAAGUUCGAACAGUUUGUCAAACCACAUCGAAUUCGACACCAAUUUCCGGAGCAAAAAAUCCAUGUGAACCGGUGUUUAGAGCUACUGUGAGUUGAUUUUCAGGGGGGAAAAGCUGAAAAUUUGAAAAUUGUGACUGAAAAUUGAGGUUUUACAGCGAUUUUUGACCCGGGAACCUUUGAAAAUUCGAUUUUUUUUUGAAAAAAAAAGGCUCAAAUUUUCCAGAUUUUUCCCAAUAUUUAAAUUUCUUGGAUUUGGAGCCUAAUUUUUAUAAUUACAAAAAAUGGCGCGAAAAUCUCAAAUUCGAAUUUAUUUGAUUUGGCGGCAUAAUUAUAUUUUCAAAUAAUCAAAAUUAGCCGCUAAACUUUAGAAAUUUGAAUUUUCGAAAUUUUCUGACAUGUUUCAACUCAAAAAUUCCUGAAUUUCCCGAUUUUUUUUGCAGAAUGGCCGUGAAAUCAAAAAAGAAGAGCCGAUUGGCUACGAUUUCGAUUCAGAUGCCGAAGAUUCUCGAGUUGAUAUGAGCUAUGAUGAUAAACGACAAUUAAGUUUGCUAAUUAAUCGAUUGGCACCCGAACAUUUGGCAACUAUUGUCCAGAUUAUUGAGAGAAGGGAACAUAAUGUGAGUUUUUCAGCCAAAAAUUUGAAUUUUCUGGAAAAUGAGCUAGAAUUGGUGGAUUUUGAGCUGGAAAAUUAAAUUUUCUCGAGAAAUGUGCUGAAAACAGUGAAUUUCCAGCUGAAAAUUGAAAAAUAAGCUGAAUUUCAUCCCAAAUUUCACCCAGAAACCUUUCCAGCUCAAAAAAUCACUAAAAUUCUGAAAUUUUUGAUAUAGAAGUUUGAAAAAUUCAAAAUUUCACUCAAAAAACUUUCUUGAGUCGCUAGACGAUUUUUAGCCGGUCUUGGGACGAAAAUAUCGAAUUGGAGCGAAUUUUGAGCAUUUCUAACCUGAAAAUCAAGAAAAUUGGGUCCUGGGACCAUUUUUGGAGAGAAAAAUUCGAAAAAUCAUGAAAAUUUGAAUCCGGAACGCGCGAAAAUUCUGAAAAUCGUCCCAAAAAAUCAAUAAAAACUGAAAUUCAAGUAAAUUCUGAAAAUUUGCAAUCUCUUCUUCAAAAAAUUCACCCAAAAUGUUUCAAAGUACAAAAAAAAUCAAUAAAAAGCUGGAAUUUUUGAUUUUUUUCAUACAAAAGUCCGGAAAAUUCAAAUUCCCAAAAAGCUUUUAGCUCUGUAAAAUGAAUGAAAUUUUAAGAAAAUUCUGGAAUUUUUACCAUCUUCUUCAAAAAAAUCCCGAUUUUCUUGCAGCUCGCGAAUCGAAAUCAAGAAGACAGUGAAAUCGAGAUUGAUUUCGAAGCACUGGGACCAACAUGUUUGAGAGAAAUGAACGCAUUCGCCAGAUAUAUUUUGAAAUUACCGCCACCCGGAAAACCAUCCACCACCAAUUAUUCUUCCUCAUCUUCUUCUGCUCCCAUUUCAACACCAAUCACGACAAGUUCAGCUAACUCGAAUUCGACGUUGAAUUCGAAUUCGAAUUCAAAUUCAAAUUCUCUCCCGCCGAUUUUGCCACCACAACAAGUUACACCAAGUCUUCCACAAAUUUCCCCACAAAUUCCCGCUGCCUCUUCAUCAUCCGCCAAUAUUCCACCAUCAAUUUCUUCCCUGAAACCACCAGCAGCAGCUCCAAUUUUGGAAGAGAACACGGCGAAAUUGAUGAGAUCGCCUGAAGAGAUUUUGGCGGCGAAAAAUGCGAAAAAAGAGAAGAGUGAGUUUGUUUUUUGAGAUGAGCAAUGCAUGAAAAAUUGUCUGAAAACCGUUAAUUUUAAGCCUAGAUUUGUGUGAAAAUUCAUAAGUUGUAUACCUGAAAUUUGCUGGUAAUUUUGAGCUAAAAAUUGUCUGAAAAUCUUUAAUUUUAAGCCUAGAAUUGCUAAAAUUAUCAAAAUUUUCACCCAAAAUUCAAGAAAAAUGAUGAUUUUUGAGCCAAAAUUGAUGAAAAUUUUGAUUUUUAGCCUGGAUUUGGCUUAAAAUUGAUAAAAAUGUGAUUUUUCUCCACAAAUUUAAAAUUUUGAGCUGAAAAAUUGUCUGAAAAUUGUUAAUUUUAAGCCUGGAUUUGACUAAAACCUAGGGAAUUUAACCUAAAAUUGACUAGAUUCUGUAAAUUUUCAACUGAAAUUGAUGAAAAUCUGGUUUUUCUCCACAAAUUUAAAAUUUUGAACUGAAAAAUUGUCUGAAAAUCGUUAAUUUUAAGCCUAUUCUAGUAGACAUCACAUCACUUUGUCAGAAAUAGAGAGCCUAAAAAAGUUCAAAACUCUCAAAUUUCCGAUUUUCUACAAACUUAUCUAGCACUAAAAAAGUCGAUUUCCGUAUAAAAGAAAUCUCUAGAAAAACUAGAAAUAUCUAUAAAAUGUGCAUUUUAAUGAGCCACGACGAAGAUUUCUCUGUCAAACAACACGAAAAAAAACAACGGAUUGUGUCUCUUGAGGGAAGCAAUAACAAAACAACAAAAAAUAGAGAUUCACAACGGGUUUAAAAAUGUUGCGCGCGCGACUCGAUGAGGACACAUUUUUCAAAAAAGAGAAAAGGGUCCGAAAAAAACCAGAUGGGAUCCAGAGAAAAAUGAUCAAACAUCAUUUUUUCUCUCUCAAGUGAUGUAACUAUUUUUCUAGAAAUCUGAAAAAUUUUUAGCUUGAAUUUUUCUGUUGAGAAUUUCAAAAUUUUCAGGCUUUCUUCAAAAUUCCAGACAAUUUUUUUCUAGAAGUUUAAUUUACGAUUCAAAAAAAUUCUGAAUUUUCUAUAAAUUUUCCAGCUUUAAUAAUUUUUGUCCAAAACUAACCUGAUUUUUAUUUAACCCGCAUGUGCCUUUAAAUGUUAUGUGUCUUUUGUCCAUUCACAGCUUCUUCUUCUCAUUCUUCUCCUUCUUAUACACCACCGUCUUCAUAUAAUUAUUAUCAAAAUAAUUCAUCGCGUGACUCUUCACCAUCAUUUUCGCCAUUUUCACCACCAAAAUCCAGCCGAAAUCGAAAAACACGGCGAAAUUCGAGGAAAACGACGGAAUUGAUUGAAAAAAUUGAAAAAGAAAUUGAUGAAUUGAACACUUGUAUCAUUAAAUCCACGUCUGGAAGAGCAUUUUUGAAUAACAGACCGUCGGUUUUGAGAAAACGAUUUUCGAAGAAAAAAAAUUAUGAGGAAAAAGAGGAAAAGCCGAUUGUGAGAAAAGAGCAGUUGGAGGAAAGAGGUUUGAGAGAGGUUUUGGCGGGAAAAUUUGGGGCUUGGCAGGGUUUUUGAGCUGAAAUUUGGGCUCCAGAGCAAUUUUUGAGCAUUUUCAAGCUAAAUUGAUGAAAAUUUGGGCACUGGAGGAUUUUUGACACGAAAUUUGGGCUCCGGAGCAAUUUUUGAACAUUUUUGAGCUAAAUUGAUGAAAAUUUAUGCACUGAUCGAUUUUUGAGAUGAAAAAUGGUCCCACCGCGAUUUUUAAUUCAAAAAUCCAGUUUUGGCGCCAAAUGUUGGGUCCUGACACGAAAAUUUGUGAUUUCUCGAAUUUUCCGACCUGAAAAUGGUCCUGAGACGAUUUCUAGUAGCUUUAACCGGAAAUUUGAAAUUUCCCGCCAAAUUUUGGGUCCUGACACGACAAAAUUUUCCCGCCAAAACAUUAAAAGGUUUGUUUGUUUUUUCGCAUGUUCUCUCUUUUUGUGCAUGUUUUUGUUGUUGCUCACAAAAAUGUUGUCUGAAAAUUUCAGAUUUCGAAUUGUCUACUCAACAUUUUACCCUUCAAAAAUGCCCAUUUUUUUCCAGAAAAAUCGCAAUUCAACAUAUCGGAAUCGUCGGAUUCGGAUCCGAGUAGAAAACGGCGAAAAGUCAACAAAAAUGGACACAAAAAGGCGGGAAAAGAUGAGGGAAGUGAAUCGGGAAGUUCGUCGAGUUCAAGUGAUGAUGAUGAUUCGGAAGAUGAUUAUAAAGGUUGGUUGGAUUUAUUGGUUUUGGCCAGGAAAUUCGCGAGAUUUUGAGCCAAAAUUUGAGAAAUUAGAUGAAUUUUGAGCUAGAAAACAUGAAUUUCGGAAAAUUCUGAGCCUAGAACCUUUUAAGCUGAAAAUGAGCUUGAAAAAUGAAUUUUUCGUAAUUUGUCUAGAAAAAGCGAAUCGGGAUGAAUAAUAUGACCUAGAAAUCCAAAAUGAAAUUCUAGGCCACGCAAAAAUUUGCUUUUUUUCUGGUCAGGAUGGAAUCAUGACCUAGAAAAACAAAUACUUGGUUUUCUAGGUCACUCAAACUCAAAAACUCGGCCACAGUUUCAAUUUUUCAUUUAAAAAAUUCAAAUUUUUGCUCUUCUUGGUGGCCUAGAAUUUUAACAAUUGAUUUUCUAGGUCGCCACUCUCGAAAACUCGGUCAUGGGAUUGAAUUUUGACGAAAAGUAUCGAAAUUAAAUUAAAAAUGAUCAGAGAACGCUCAAAACUCGAAAAUCGUGUUAAAAAUUCAAUUUUGAAAUCAAAAAUGGUCUAGAAAAUCAAGAAAUUGGUUUUCUAGGCCACAAAGUUUGAAAACUCGGCCAUAUGGUCAAUUUUUCACGAAAAAUCCCAAAAUUUAGUUCAAAAUGCUCAUAAAAAAUUGCUCAUGUUAUAAAUUUCCCACCAACCCCAAAAUUCUUUUUUUUGCAGAAAUGCAGCUGAAUCGAAAAGGCGGAAUGCCACCAUAUCAUCCAGUUUCGGCAACUCCAGGCUCCUCAUCAACCGCCUCCACACCAAAUCCAGCACCACAACAACACCAAGUCCAUCACACCAAUCAUCACAAUUUGCCGCCACGUUUGGGUGGAAUGGGUGGACAACCGCCAAUGGCACGUGUUCCACCACCAUUGCCAAAUAAAUCGAGUAGUGGAGCAGGAGGAGGAGGAAAUUCACAACGUGAGCGAUUUUUUGGAUUUUGAGAGCUAGGAACAUAUUUUUGAGCUUUUUCUGAACAUUUUUAGCUAAAUUUUGGGUUUUUUCAUGAAAAAUUCGAUCCCAUGGCCGAGUUUUUGAACUUGGUGGCCUAGAAAACCAAUUUCUCAAUUUCUAGACCAUUUUUGAUUUAAAUAUUGCAUUUUUCAUCAAAAAUUGACUUAGGAACCUAUUUUAACACGAUUUUCGAGUUUUUCUGAUCAUUUUAAUUUAAUUUUGAGUUUCUCCGUCAAAAUUCGAUCCCAUGGUCGAGUUUUUGAACGUGGUGGCUUAGAAAACCAUUUUUUAAAUUUCUAGACCAUUUUCAAUUUAAUUUUGAUAUUUUUCGUCAAAAUUCGAUCACAUGGCCGAGUAAACCAAUUUUUAAAAUUCUAGGCCACCAAGAGCAGCAAAAAUUUGAAUUUUUAUCAAAAAUUAACCAUGUGGCCGAGUUUUUGAUUUUGAGGGCAUAGAAAAACAAGUAUUUGUUUUUCUAAGUCAUGGUUCCAUCCUGACCAGAAAUUUUGAAUUUUUCAUCAAAAUUUUUGCGCGGCCUAGAAUUUCAUUUUUGGUUUUCUAGGUCAUAUUAUUCAUCCCGGUUCUCUUUUCUUUUCUAGACAAAUUACUAAAAAACAAAUCAUAUUUACCGUAACUAACCAAAUUUUAUUGAUUUUUAAUGUAUCAUAAAUUUAUUUUUUUUUCUCUGAAACAUCAUUUUUCUUCCGCGCAUCAAACUAAAUAAAAUCAGGAAAAUUUUCAGAUUUGAUGAAGAAAAAAUCGUCGACGGCUGCUUCUUCUUCGAUCUCAACACAACCAUCGGCUUCAGCGAAUGCUUGUGAGUUUUUCUGUGCUGAAAAUCUGGAAUUUUGGGGAUUUUUUGGGCUAAAAUGAGCUGAAAAUCAAUAUUUUCAGCCAAAAAAUUGAAAUUUUGCAGCCAAAACUAUACUCGAUGAUUUGUUGCCCGAUUCUUCUUCUUCUGGUGGAGCACAAAAGAAAAAUGUGAGUUUUUAGAUUUUUUUAGCUGAAAUUAUUUUUUUUUUUGCAGAAAGUUGAUGAAAAUGACGAGGAGAGAAUUGAACGAUUGAGAAGAGAAGUGGGUUUUUUUUUAAUUUUUUAAUUUUGGCGCCAAAAAACUAAUUUUGAAUAGUUUAAUUUUCGCGCGAAAAAAAAAUAUUUUCAAAAUUUUCAAAAAAAAAUAAUUUGAAAAGUCGAAAUUUCGGCGCAAUUUUUCAAAUUUCAAAAAUUUUCAGACAAAAUCUGAUUUUCACCGAAAAUAUUCAAAACUGAAAAAUUCACUUUAGCUCGAAAACUCACGAAUUUUUGAAUUUUUUCAAAAUUUUCUUCAAAAAUUGAGAUUUUCACUCUAGAAUUCACCUAAAUUUGAAAUUUUUCAAAGAAAAUUCAGAAUUUUCUGAAAAUUUCAUUUCAAAAUAUUUUUUUACCCUAAAAAAUCACAAAAAUUCGGAUUUUCACUCUAGAAUUCACCUAAAUUUCAAAUUUUCCGAAGAAAAUUAAUUUAAAACUUUUUUCGAAUGAAAAAUUCAGAGUUUUCUGAAAAUUUCAUUUCAAAAUGUUUUUUUAAACCAAAAAUCACCUAAAUCUCUAAUUUUUCAGGCUAAACUUGCUCGUCAACGCGAAGACGAAAACUCGAUGGGAAUGUCAAAUCAGAUGGAAAUGAUGACAGCUUUUGAAUUCGAUAAUAUGUACUAA